CCACCACAGCGCGCCCGGAGCCGCAAUGGCACCGCCUUGGCUUCAGCUGCCCUGCUUCAAGAUGGCCGCCGCAAGGCGCCACCGUCUAUGGUCAGGUGGUGCUGGACGCGGCCACGCCUCCUGCUCCUUCCCGUACCAGGCCAGCGGCGAGCGGAGCGGCGGCGGCUGCACACAGCGAGUCCCGGCGGGAGGCCCAGCAGGUACGCGGGAGCUGAACUGGUCCUGUCCCGGCGCUUCCCCGAGGAGAAGCAGGCCGGAGGCAUGAAACCACCUCUGAGGCACGGCGAAGCGCGGUGAGGGUUCCCGCAGGAAGCUUGUCCCCUCUCGGCGGCCGUACGCCACUCCAGCCCCCGGGGCUGGGCCUUCUGCCGUUCCCGCCUAAACCUUGGCGACGGGGCCUGGAAAGGAGGUCGAGGCCCCGCGGCCAUGAAGCCGCUGCGGCUGCUGUGCCGCCACAAGACGGCCCUGGGCCUGGGCGGGCUCUCGCUCUUCGCCGUGGUCCUGCUCUACUUGGCCAAGUGCACCUCUGAGGGCCUCCGUCCUCUGGCAGCCCCCCGCGGGCUCCCACACAACCAGCCAGCGGCCCUGCCUCCCCGGGGUGCCCGGGGCCCGCACGCCCCCGCAGCCCCGCCACCCUCCCCUCAGGAGACCGCCUUCGUGGCCGUGCUCAUCACCAGUGGCCCCAAGUACAGCGAGCGGCGCAGCAUCAUCCGCAGCACGUGGCUCUCCGGCACCGGGCGCCCACCUCACGAUGAUGUCUGGAGCCGCUUCGUCAUCGGCACAGCGGGGCUCGGGGCAGAGGAGAUCCGUAGCCUGGAGCUGGAACAGAGCCGGCACAGAGACCUUCUCCUCCUGCCGGAGCUGCGGGAUUCCUACGAGAACCUGACUGCUAAAGUCCUGGCCACGUAUGUCUGGCUGGAUCUGCACCUGGACUUUCAGUUUGCCCUGAAGGCCGAUGACGAUACCUUUGUCCGCUUGGAUGUGCUUGUGGAAGAGCUGAGAGCCAAGGAGCCACGUCGCCUCUACUGGGGCUUCUUUUCCGGCCGUGGUCGAGUGAAAUCUGGUGGCAAAUGGAAGGAGAGUGCCUGGGUGCUCUGUGACUACUACCUACCCUAUGCUCUGGGUGGUGGUUAUGUGAUUUCUGCCGAUCUGGUGCACUACUUGCGUAUUAGCAGGGACUACCUGAACAUGUGGCAGAGUGAAGAUGUCUCCUUGGGCGUGUGGCUGGCUCCCAUUGAUGUGAAGAGAGUGCACGACCCUCGCUUUGACACUGAGUAUAAGUCACGGGGUUGCAACAAUAAGUACAUAGUAACUCAUAAGCAAAGCAUCGAGGACAUGCUGGAAAAGCACCAGACCCUGGCUAAAGAAGGAAAGCUCUGUAAGGAGGAGGUUAAGCUCAGGCUUUCCUACAUGUAUGACUGGGGAGUGCCUCCUUCACAGUGUUGCCAAAGGAAGGAUGGUAUCCCUUGAAAGGCUGAGGAAGGAGAAGGCAGAAUGUUGGUGGACUCUUGGUUACUGUUGGGGAGAAUCCCAGUAACUAGGGCUUAAAGAUUACUCUAAAGAUUUUGCACGUUUCAUUAUGUCACAAUCAAUGAAACCCUGAAACUCCUAAGAGCUACUGAUGUGGGAUGAUGCAGAGAUGCUUAAAAGAAAAGAAAUAGAUGACAAAAAGCAUGGAAAGGCUCAGAUGACAGGAUUGAAGGCAAGUAACAGGUUGCAAAAUUUGGAUAGUACAGAAAGUUUGGGGGGGGGGGAUAACUUGAAUGAAAAGUUGCUGGAAGAUUUAUUUGCUAAAGAUCAUGACAGGCCUUUAUGCCGGCUAUAAGAUUGUCAAACUAGCAUCUGCUGUUUAUUUCUUGGCAAGGACAAAGUGGCAGCUUGGCAAGGUUUGAAGGGUCUAGUGGGGCUGCAAAUUAGCUGCUAAUGCCAAUGAGAGCAGGUGGCUGGUUAUUGACACAAGCAGUCCAGUGAAGGGAACAAUUUUAUGGAGGAUAUUUGUGUUAGGGGAGGGAGAAAGCCUCUUUCUCUGGCCAGUGCUCCAGUUUACAAGAAUGGCAUUAUUAGACCUGUAUAACUUGUCUUUAAGCUUUUUGUUGUUUUAAAGAAAUCAUGUAUAUAAAUUACCUGGCAGCUACAGGGUAAGUCAAUAUUUAGGAAGGUGGAUGAGUUAUGGUGUUUGGCAGAUACAGAACAUAUUAUCUUAUUUUGGGGGCAAAUAGUUAUGCUAUGAAGCUAGCCUUGUUAGACAUAGAUG